UCAAACAAUGAUUUUAGGUCGCGCGGUGGAUUUCUCGUUUUCGUUUCACAAUAUUGAAAUUAUUCGAUUGUAUCGAUUGUCCAGUGAGUCACGAUGUACGUUUUGUUUUACUCGAUCCCGAAUAUUUCCAAAAUCGUUCCAAAAUUUUUUCAUUUCGUCACUUCCAAUUAAAAAAUGGAAACUGAUGCCACGUGUUCCGGUGGUUCUAAUGUUAAUCUUCUAGAGAAUUUCAUACAAAACGUUCGACAGGAAAAUGACAAUAAACGAAAAAUUGUCGAAACAAAUUAUGAAAAUAAUGAAAAUGAAGAUAUUAAUAUAACAAUGAGUCAAGAAGAAAUUGAUGAAAUUAUUGCCCGCUUAAGAGCAAUUUUUUCUUUGGACAAAUCUCCUAUCCAAGUUCUACAUGAACUUUUUGCAAAUAAUAGCAAUGCUGUUAAAAUCAUUGAUAAAGGUUCUAUCGGCCAAGCUCAUGAUCCUUUACAUGAAACGUGGAUAACAAUACAAAAUAUUGGCAAUUUUAUUGGUAAAGCUAAAAGUAAACAAGAAUCCAAACAAAAAGCCGCACAAAAUGCUAUUAGCUUUUUUACUCGAUUCUUACCAUUGUCCACAGAGAAAAGUAAGAAUAAACGAAAGAAAAAGCGAAACAGAAAUAGUGAUUCUGCUUCUAAGAGUCUCGAUGAAUAUGUUCAAAAAAAUCAAACAGAAAAAAAUGAAAUUUCCUUAGAAGAGUUUUUGCCAAACGAGAUUGAAUUCAUUCCUAAACAAGAUUCGGAAAUAGUCGAAGCAAAUAAUGAUGAACAAUCCAUUAAUAUAACCAUUAAUAUCGAACCAGCACUUAAAUCGUAUACAUUAAAAUUCAUGCAAGAUGCAGAUUUUUCGCAACUUAUCUGUGAAAAAGUGUUUGAAAAAUGGUCAGAUACAAUCAAUCCAAUCAACCUGAACAAAUUAAUCAAUAAAUUGAUCUCCGAUGAACGUGCUAGACUUAAUUUUAUUCAACAGGAUUUAUGGCGAUACAAAGAAAUGGCUGGCUUUGUACUGGUUUCAGAUAUCGAUAAAAGUGUUCAAGUUUUAUGUAUUGGAACUGGAACUAAAUGUUUAGCUAGUGAGAAUCUAUCUCUUGAUGGUAAUGUUGUACAUGAUUCACAUGCCGAAGUGAUGGCUCGUCGAAGUUUAUUACAAGUUUUAUAUGAUCAUUUGGAAAAUUUAUUGGCAAACAAUUUGAAUGAUAAACCUGAGUUCAUUCUUGAGCCAAGUGAUUCGAGUGGAAAACGUUUUCGAUUGAAAAACCAUCUUAAAUUGCAUUUAUUCAUAACAUCACCUCCAUGUGGUGAUGCACGAGUAUUUAAUUUCAAUGAAAAUCUCAAAAAUAAUCAAGUCCCCAAAGGAGUAUUACGAUGUAAAAUUGAAAAAGGACAAGGUACUGUUCCGAUGCCAACUAAUUACAUAGCUACCUGGGAUGGUAUUCUUAUUUCCACUCAACGUUGUACAUUCAUGUCAUGUUCGGAUAAAAUAGCCCUAUGGAAUGUUGUCGGUAUUCAAGGAUCAUUGUUGAGUCUGUUUCUAGAACCAAUUUAUAUUGAAAGUUUGGUUGUUUCAAAUCUAUUUCGUUAUACUCAUCUUGUUCGCGCAUUACAUGGACGUAUUGAUAAGGAAAAAAUGAACAGCAAACUUGAAAAACUACCUGGUUACCGACUCAAUGAAUGUAAAGUUGGAUUUUAUGAUAAAUUAUCAUUUUCAUCCAAAGACUCAACAUUUUCAUUCAUUCCAUCGUAUUCACACAAUUGGUAUAGCCAUAUGGAACCGAAAUCUUCUGAACAAAUAUUUGAAGAUAUAGAAAUUAUUCGCUGUGAAACUGGUACAAAUUUUUUCAAUGAUGAAAGUUCUCGCUUAUCAAAACGAAAUUUAUUGGAACGAUUCAUGAAUCUAAUCACUAAUUAUCCGGAUAUUUGUCAGGAGAUACAUUUAACCGAAAAACCUGAUGAUAUGAAUGUGGAAAAAUUAUCAAUAUCCAAUUGUGUGGAUAAAAAUUAUCAUUUUGUAAAACAUAUUUCGCGUACAUAUCACCAAGCUAAAAUUGGAUUAUUCACCACAUUAAAAGAAAGUAAUCUUAGAACCUGGGUUCCAGCACCCAUUGAUGUGGAUCAAUUUCCUAUUUUGUCAUCAACAUUACCACAGCCACCAUCAUCAUUAUCGAUGCAGCAACAAGAAUCGGAACAAAAUAACGACGAUUCUACCACUAAUAAUAAUAAUAACGACGAUAAUCAUCUUAAAGAUAAAGAGAUAAUAACGUUAGAAUAAGGCAUUAUUAUUAUGAAAAAUCAUCAUUUGUUAUCAGUUCAAUAAUCAAUUCAUUUUUUUGGCUUUCUUUUCACCAUAAUUCGAAACUUUUGCACUUUUAAAUGCCAUAUAUAGGGCGUAAAUUACUGUGAAGAAAAAUUGAAAAUAAAAUGAAAUGAAAUGGUUUUUUUC